AUGACGAGAUCGGAGUCGCUUGCGGCAGCGGAGAAGCUGGCCCUGGAGGGGCACAACGACUCGCAGGACAGCCAAGCGAUCUUCGAUGCCCAUCAGGCCCUGUUUGGCGUCGGCACGGAGGCCGCCCAACAGCUCAGCAGUUCGCCCGUCGCCGCUCGCAUUCUGCCUGCUGCCCUUGAAGUCGAAAAAGGUGCAAGGGGCCCUGUGACGCAGACGUGCGAUUCUCCUCUCGCCGGGGUUGAAGAAGUCCCCGUGUCCCUUGCGGCGACUCGCGCCGCCAACUCCGAGGAAAAGCAAAUAUCGACAGAUGUGGUGCAUGGCGAGUCACUCUUCGGUGCCGUUCACGAAUCCUCCACAAUCAGGCAGAAGCGGCCGACCUUUGAUUCAUCCUCCCGACCUUGUGACGCGCCUCUGCUUCUCGACGACACCCUUCCUGCCGACGAGCACGAUCCCAUACUCCGACAUGACAUUCCGACGACGGUAGACGCCGUCGACAAGCCGGCCUCGGCGACGGGCGCACCCCUCGUGCCGCCACGAAAGAUGGAUACCUCACAAGAUACGCCGACCCAAGUCAACGAAGACCGCGACUACAGCGCAUUCUACGGAGCCGUCCCUUCGAGCCCGACGGAUAAGCCGACGCAGCAGCGCACCGGCGACACGCGGACCCUGCACGAUGGAGAUACCGGAGCCGUGAACUUUAGCAACUUUAGCGACCACGUGCGUCCAUCUUCACAAGCGUCCGAAGAUGAAGGCUUCGACACGACGAGGGGCGAGUGGCGCACGUCUGAUGGCACAUCCCAGCUCAACUCCAACGCCGCCGCAUACACGCCAUAUAAACCCCAUGGGCUGCCGCCAGAGACCCCCGCGCUGCCCAAGAACCCCUUCGCGGCCAAGCCAAAUGGCGCCGUCCCCUUUGCUGCGAGCCAGCUCUUUGCGCAGACGCAGCAGGUGUCGUCGGCAGUCAAGGCCAGCCCGACGUCAUCGCGGCCAUCUCCGAAUCUGUUCCUGAACUCGAUAUCACCAAACGUGUUCGAGACAUCGCCGCUCAAGAACCGAGCGAAUGUCUCAUCACCCACCGUCAUGCGAACGUCCAGCCCGACUCGUCUUGACGAGAUCCCAGCUACCGUUUUGAAGAACAGAGGGGCUGCCGUCGCUUUGCAAGAGGAAGACCCCGCCGAGGAGAGAUCGUCCAAGGAGGAUCGUGUCCCAGAGUCGCCGACAAUCUCGUCGAGGCCGGCCCCAGGACGUGAGCCCUUGUCCCACUACGAGCCAAUGAAGGAAUCCCAAGAGCGGAAAACGAGUGGUGAUGGUCAAACAAUUGACAUCAACAUGGACGAUGACUACGACGAGGCUUUCCUGCAGCGCGAGCGGCGGAAACGCGCUGAGAGGAAGCGCGCACAAGCCGCAGAGGAAAUGGAGAGAAUCAGCGUCGCAAGGCACUCGAGACGGGACUCGUCCGAGAAUCCAACAAGGAAGAAGCGGAGACUGGACAGUAUAGGAGAGGUUGCCAGCAAGCCUCCUCCUGGUAGGCGGACCAAAGCCCAGGAUCCGGUACUUGGCGAUUCGCAAAGGGCUCCUACUACAUCAGCGGAAGCGCUGGUGGAAUCAACCAAAGCGACGCCAGGCGACGAGCCUGGCCAAACGCCAGUGCAAGACGCCAGUGUUGACGCCGAAGCGCAGAGAAACAGAGAGGCGGUGCCGCUUGAGGAAGAUCUGAUUCCGGCUACCAGCCCUAUGCAAUUCUCCCCGCCUGGAAACGUUCAAGGCAUGCAGCCAGCUUCAGAACCAGAUCUUCCGAUCCUGAUGGAAGACGAUGGACAGCCUGGUGGCGAGGGCAACACCGCCGAGUCAUCCUCCCUUCCACCUAUCCGCAACCGUCGCAGGACUUAUAGGGAAGCAAACAAGCGACCGCGUCGAAGCCAUCUGCUCAGCUCCUCGGCGUCGGACCCAUUGCAGUUCUUCCAAGCAAGGUCAGGGAUGAGCACGCACACGCGCAUGACGCAGAAGAAGGUCCGAACGGAACUAUGCAGAACGAGCCGCCUUCGGAUCCGGCGGUUGCCUCGUCUGAGCCAGUCCAAACCCGAGGGAGGAGAGCGAGACGGUCGAUCGAGACGCCACAGCCACGCUUAA